CUGACUGCAAACCAGACAGACCCACGAAGCUCCUCAAGAUGUUCAAGUUGUUGUGCUUAUUCGCCAUUCUGGCAUUUGCCGCGGCUGCGCCCGCGCCCGCCCCCGCUCCAGCCCCCGGUGCGAUCAUCGCCGGCGCCCCCCUCGUGACAUCCUACAGCGCCCCGAUCGUUUCCGCGCCUUUGACUUACAGCAGUUACGGCCUCCCGGCGUACUCGGCGUACUCGGCAAUCCCGGCCCUGCCGUACGCAUACAAGAGCUACGCGGCCUUGCCGUACGUCUUGUAAGAGGAGAGUCGUAAUAGCGGAGGCCUAAUCGGAGGCAACCAGGCAAACGCAGAGACCAAGGACACCGAUCUCUCUUCUCCACGGAUAAUUUUCCAUAGACGACGAGUUAAUCGAAAAAAAAACGAAGAAAAAAAAAUCGCCCGUCCAAUCUCUUGGAAAAAUUGUUUUCUCCCUUCCCCCCCCCCCCUACCUUCUCAUUUUCUCUUCAUCCCCCACUUCCCCACCGUUCGGAUAAUUUCGCAUUCGCAUCCAGGAUUCAGAAUCAAUAAAAUCGCUUAAAAGCAAUUCUAUGUUA